AUCUGUAAUCGGGAUUUCCCCCUUAAAUAUAUAUCUGAAUUUCUAAAUUAACUCAAAAAAUGGAAAGACGUCCACUGCUUGGUGCCAGUGAUGACGACAACUGUUCUGAUGACCACGAGGAUAGCGUUGAGAAGAAUUUAACAUUGUCUGAAAAAGAAAUUGAUGCAAUUGUCACUGCAACAACAAAACAGAAUUUUACAAAGAGUCUUGCCUUAUCCAUAGCAGCAUGUGUGUGUGGAUCUUCUUUUAUGUUGGGCUACAACACAGGAGUAGUCAAUACCCCAGCAGCUGUAUUAAAAGAUUUCUACAAUGCAAGUUACCACAAGAGGUAUGGAAAUGAUAAUAUAACAAGUACAACUGAAUUCAACUUGACCUCCACUGGGUACCUCUCUCCCACAGAACUCUCAAUCCUUUGGGCAACUACUGUGUCUAUAUUUGCAUUUGGAGGGAUGAUUGGGGGGCUCAGUGCGGGAUAUUGGUGUAAUAAGUAUGGAAGGAAAGGGGCACUGUUGAGAAACAAUCUUCUUCACUUGGUGGCUGCAGGGCUGAUGUUCUCAUUUCGUUAUGUUUACUCCUUUGAAAUGAUGAUAGCUGGUCGUUUAUUGGUUGGCAUAUGUGCAGGGAUAAAUUCUGGAGCAGCCCCUUUAUACCUUUCAGAGAUAGCCCCCACUUCUCUGAGGGGGUUUGCUGGGGUCUUCAAUCAGCUGGCUAUAACCUCAGGGGUACUGGUUGCUCAGAUUCUGGGGCUGGAUGUUGUCCUGGGGACCAAAGAUCUAUUUCAUUAUGUCUUAGGUGCCACAGUCAUUCCAGUAGCCGUAAUGUUGUGCUUGUUACCAUGGUGCCCAGAAUCUCCUCGCUUCCUGAUGCUUGUGAUGAAAGAUGAAGAUGAAGCUGAAAAAGCUCUGAUCUGGCUGAGAGCCACAGAUGAUGUUGGGGAGGAGUUAGAAGAGAUGAGAAGUGAAGGAGAGAAACAAAAAAGAAUGCCAAAGUUUACAUUUAUGGAUUUAUUCCGUGACAAAUUUCUCAGGGAUCCACUGACAAUCAGUGUAGUUUUACAGCUCACUCAACAGUUCAGUGGCAUUAAUGCUGUGAUAUAUUACUCCACAGAAAUUUUUCAAACAGCUGGGCUAAGCAUACAUGAAGCAGAAUAUGCUACCUUAGCAACAGGAGGGGUCAAUGUGGCCAUGACCUUUGUCUCUGCUUUCAUUAUGGAUAAGGCUGGAAGACGUAGACUUCUAUUAAUAGGUGUUGGGGGAUUAUUUAUAUUCAGUUCCAUUUUGGCACUUUCACUUAUACUUAUCAAAGAUGUAGGAAUUUCUUGGAUGUCCUAUGUUGCCAUAGUAGCUGUGAUAUGUUAUAUUGUCUCCUUUGCUUCUGGACCAGGUUCUAUUCCCUGGUUUAUGGUGGCGGAGAUUUUUUCUCAGGGUCCGCGAUCAGCAGCAGUCUCUGUGUCCACCAUGGUUAACUGGUUCUCCAACUUCACAGUUGGACUGGUAUUUCCUAUAUUGAAUGAGUUGCUGAUCCAUCAAUAUUCCUUCCUCCCAUUUGUGGUGCUACUGUUUGUUUUCUUAAUCUUCAUUUACAGAAGAGUUCCAGAAACAAAAGGAAAAACAAUUGAAGAAAUAUCAUUAUUAUUUAUUAAGCCUGAAAUGGUUGAAUAUGAGAAGAUUAUUCAAAAGGAUUCUGGCCUUCCAGACUAUACCAGAUUACAAAAUAAAGACUCCUCAGCGAACCUGAACCAAAUUUUACUUACUCACGUAAUAAGUCACGUGACAACAUCACCUAUUGAUAAAUUGAUCACAAACGCUGCAGUUGAAACUACUUCUUUUGACAUUGUUGCGAAUGCAAGCACAAAGACCCUCCGUUUGGAGCUUGAUAUUUUAGUCGAUCUGGACGACUAUGUGGACACACAAAAAAAAAUCAUUUUAGAAAGUGGAAGAAGAAAGAAAAGGAAAGCGACUAGAAACACGAGAAAACGCUGGCCAAAUAAAGUGAUUCCUUACAUCAUCACAAAUGAUUUCAGUGCUGCGGAUAGGAUACAAAUUAAAGCUGCCGUGGACGAAUGGAACAAAUACACAUGUCUGACCAUCAGGGAAGCCACGCCCUCUGACGUCAACAAAGUCCGAUUCCAGAACGGAAAUGGGUGUUCGUCUUAUAUUGGUAUGGUUAAAGGAGAACAGGAACUAAAUCUAGGAAGGAACUGCCGAGUUGCUUUCUCGACCAAUGGAAUGAUAACCGUCAGGACUAAAGACCCAGAAUACCAGAAUAUCAUUGGGAACGCCCCUGGCCUAAGCUUCCGAGAUAUCAAACUGGCAAAUCGAAUGUACCAUUGUAAUGUCAAUUGUUCUGUGGUGCAGUGUCCUGGCAGAGGUUUCCAGGCCCGCGACUGUAAGUGUUAUUGUCCUUCUGGAGAUUCCUCUAACCCACUUAAGGAAUGUGACGACACAGACAAAGUCACUGACAAACCAAUUGUGACAUCAACUCUGGCUCCCACACCGGUCACAGAAACACCUGUCUCCGAUAGCUGUAAGAACGGACAUAACUAUUGUGAUUUCUGGGCCAGAAGAGGACACUGCGAUUCCUCCCCCGGCUUUAUGAAUCUCUACUGUAAAAAGGCUUGUGGCAGAUGUACAGCAGAUACAGAUUCUUGUGAGGAUGUUGGACAACACUGUAAUUUCUGGAAGACGCAGGGCUACUGUUCCAUGAAUAUGAUGCCGUAUAUGCAAAGAAGUUGUCGUAAAACUUGUGGAUACUGCACAUCUGAGGAAGGUAAUGGUGAAGGCGUUGCUGAACCAUUAAACGCAGGAACUGAUAUUACAGCCAAGAUGCCUUUUGUCAUUAUUUUGACUGUUGUGCAAAUAUUCAUAGCUAAAAUUCUCUGACACAAAAAUGAAUGCUCAAAGAUUUUUUCCUUUGAAGAAAAAAAGGACAAGUUCUGGUGUUUAUUAAAGAAGAGAUUGACCACUUCAAAAAAUAAAAAAACAAGGUGUGGAUGACAUUUUAAGACAUCCUCCACCUUUCAUGCAUCCCCAAGUUAACCAGAGUAUAUGAGAUUCUUAUAUUUUAUUUUUGUUUGCAUUAUUCUAUCAGACUGAUGUUUUAAUGUAGAUACGAUUUAACAUCAGUUAUAUCCGUCUUCUUCCCAGAUGUAUUAGUCAGUGGUCAUUUGCAGGAUGGAAA